CUGUCUUACAAAUGUAACAUUUAUUAUGCGCUCAUCCGUGUAUGUAUAUAUACGUAUGUGUAUGUGUAAGUGUUUUAAUGCAAUUACAACAAUAGCGCAAAACGAUCGGCUACUCGUCUCUUUUUGUACUCUUUUGCUCUGCUAAAUUCAUACAACCGACUCCCAACCACCCCGUAGACAUUGUUGUUGUUGUGCGAGUAUCUGUUAUCUAUGGGCGUAAAUAUUUAUUCUCGUUCGCUCGUUCGGAUUUAUUUGUUGAAACGUUUUUCCUUAAAAAAGCCCAAACUAGCUAUAUUGCAAACCAGUACAGGUCUUACUCUCGCUUUGUGUGUGCGUCUAGCUAGCUAGCAGACAAAUCGUCCGGUGAACGACGAAGAUUAGUGACCACAGUAGUGACUACGGUGCUUAAAGCGACGACACUCGGCGUCAUUAUUACUGUAGCUUUGAUUACGUGCUCUCGUUCUGCAAAGUUGUACCGCGAUAAUUUCCUUACUAACUAAAUAAUAUUAAUAAUAACAAAAACAUUAUAAAUUAUUUAUCAAAAUGGAUAUGGAUACGCAUGGUAAUGAUAGCACGGCGACGACAGAUUUUUGUCCAAUGAUCAUGGUGUUCCAUGGCGGACAUUGUGAGCGCAUACUUUGGAGCGGUUGGGUAGCCAGUACAUACGUAGAAUUCAUAUUAUCUUGUUUAGCAAUUGUUGUGAUGAGUUUUCUCUAUGAGGCGUUGAAAUUUUUGCGCCAACAACUUAUCAAACGUGCUGUCCGGAAAGAAGCUGAACGUAUCAAUUUGGAAUUGGAGUCAAAACAGAUUACUAGUAGCACUUCUGGGUCGAUUGGACGUAAUUCCAGAGAAGCUUUAGCUGACAUACGUGUAACAAAAGCAAAUUAUAUCCAGUAUCCAAUGACAUCGACACACAUCAUUACGUCACUACUAUUUUUCAUACAAGUCGCUCUCUCUUAUUUGUUGAUGUUGGUUUUCAUGAAUUAUAACUACUGGUUAUGUCUAUCAGUUGUUGUCGGUUUAGGUUUCGGUUAUUUCAUUUUCGGUUGGUCUCAACACGAUGCUUAUGAUAAUGAAUGUUGUCAUUAAAUAAUAAACAUUUAUUCAGUAUUAUUGUAAUUAAGUGUGAGUUUUCGCAAAAAAUUAUCUGUAUAGUUUGUGAAAACAUUUUUUUGUGCACAAUUAGAUUAAAAACAAGAUUUUAAAUAUUCUAUAUAAUAUUUCUACCAUACUAACAUAUUUUUGUAUAUAGUAUGCAUAUAUUUUUACUACAAAUAAUAUCAGAAAAUUCAAAUGAAAUUUUAAAA